UGUUCUCGCCGGUGAUUGGGUCCCGGCAAGGCGUGCCGGUGCGCUCGGCUGCGGCUGCUCCGUCGACCUUGGCAGGACCCGGCGGUGCAGGACUCACUCGGUUGGCCUCCCGGGGGAUGGGCCACCAGGAGUCUCCGCUGGCCCGAGCGCCGGCGGGAGGUGCAGCUUAUGUAAAGAGGUUAUGUAAAGGGCUCAGCUGGCGCGAACACGUGGAAAGCCACGGGAGCCUAGGAGCCCAGGCCUCCCCAGCGAGCGCCGCGGCAGCAGAAGGAGCCGCUGCACGCCGGACUCGGGCCACCACCUCCCGCGCUGCUAGGUCCCGGAGGCAGCCCGGGCCCGGAGCAGACCAUCCCCAGGCAGGGGCUCCAGGGGGGAAACGGGCCGCCCGGAAGUGGAGGUGCGCGGGCCAGGUCACAAUCCAAGGUCCGGCUCCUCCGCGUCCCAGGGCCGGACGGAGGGAUGAGGCAGGGGGGGCCCGGGCAGCGCCGUUGCUGCUCCCCCCGCCGCUCGCAGCCAUGGAAACGGGGAAGGACGGCGCCCGUAGAGGUACACAAAGCCCGGAGCGGAAAAGGCGAAGCCCAGUGCCGCGGGCGCCCAGCACGAAGCUGAGGCCGGCGGCGGCGGCCCAGGCCAUGGAUCCGGUGGCGGCCGAGGCCCCGGGCGAGGCCUUCCUGGCGCGGCGACGGCCUGAGGGCGGUGGCGGGUCCGCGCGGCCGCGCUACAGCCUGUUGGCGGAGAUCGGGCGCGGCAGCUACGGCGUGGUUUAUGAGGCAGUGGCCGGGCGCAGCGGGGCCCGGGUGGCGGUCAAGAAGAUCCGCUGCGACGCCCCCGAGAACGUGGAGCUGGCGCUGGCUGAAUUCUGGGCCCUCACCAGCCUCAAGCGGCGCCACCAGAACGUCGUGCAGUUUGAGGAGUGCGUCCUGCAGCGCAACGGGCUAGCCCAGCGCAUGAGUCACGGCAACAAGAGCUCGCAGCUUUACCUGCGCCUGGUGGAGACCUCACUCAAAGGUCGAUUCCUCGGAACCCACAGUCUCACCACGUCUCCUCCAGAGGACGGCAGAGGGUACAGGUGGUGGCCUGGCCGGUUGGCGAUCUCCCGACAGCUGGAUCCGGCAAUGUGAAGCUUUUGUUUGGGUUUCCCCGCUUCUUUUUAGUUUUGCUUUAUUUUUUUCCUUUUCUUUUUUUUUUCGUCUUCCCUUUUUUUUUUUAAUUUAAACCGUUGAGACUUCAGAAGAGCAGGACGCAAUGCUGUGGACAGGCACCAAUUUCUUAAAAGAAAUUCAGUAUGGGCAAGGCAUAUGUAUAAAUUUCACUUUUAAUUUUUAUAAGGGGUUAGGGAGCUAUUUUUGGUUUUGUCCUUCACUUUCCCUCUGUCUUCCUUCUUUAUACUUCUCUCAGUUCUACUUACGACACCUCACUUCCCUAGAGAAGGCCUGCCUCCCCAUAGGGAAUCUGGGGGUUUCUUCUGGAAUGGGGCAUGAGGACACAAGGAGGCCUCUGGGCCACGCCUCCCUACCAGAUGCAGGAACUCCUGGACUCCUUGGUGGGCUGGCCCUGGCUAGCCCUUGGGCCUCAGAGAUGAUCAGAGGCGAAGAACCGCCUGGAAGAGGAAGGCCAGGGUUUGGCCAGGAGAACUAAGAAGGUCUCAACUCCAGGCUUUGUUCUGUUUAAGCUAUUGGGAGCCCCAGGCCACACCAGGACUUACAGUGGUGCGAAUGCAUUCCUCUUCCGCCCUGUGUUGCAGGGAACUAGGAGGUAAGGGUGGAGGGCGACCAUCUCGCACUUGCUGGCGGUGGAGCAGCCAUCCCUGCCUUUCUGUUGGGAAAAACUGUUGUGCCAAACUCUUGUGUGGAACACAGCUGGGUCUUCAGCAGGCAUCUGUCACUGCCGUGAGGUCAGCACUUCUCACCUAACUGCCUCCUGGAUUGUCAUCUUCCCAGAUGUGUCCCAUAGUGUCCAGGUGUCACAGAGACGGCCUGAGGCCCUAAGAUCUGGUUGUGACUUUGCCAUGAUAACAGCGUGUCCUGAACUGGCUGCCGUUGUCGUGUUCUCACAGUGAAGGGCGUGCCCUGUGUGUCGGGGUCCGUGGUGUCAUAUGCAGUGACACACACUGUCAAGCGCCAUUUCCCUCACCCCUGGAGACUUACUGUUAGGUGCCUGCCCUCAGUAUAGACGUAUCCAAUGGGAAAACAGCGGACCUGCCCAGAGCAGAGAGGUGUUGUGGAACUGGGUAGACCCCCUGCAGCGUUAGGGGCCCAUUUGCGGGCUCGCCACCUUCAGGCUUCCCCAGCCAUGACACUUCAGCCCCGCCACCCAUGCCUGUCUGCUGCAGCCAUCCUUGCACUCUCCAGCGACACUCUCGCACCUCCCUAGGGGAAGCUUCCCUCCCCCUGGGCUGCUGCUCUGAGCCCAUCUGUUCUCCCCCUGCAAGAAGGGGCAAUGCUCUUGUGUUGUCCCUCUGUCUGGACGCGCCUGGCCACUCUGAAGGCUUUUCACCCCAUUAUGGCCAAAUAGUAUAGGGCCACUGGGGAGGGGGAAGGGAAUCCUUUUGUGUUCAUUUUUGUUUUUUGUUUCACCUAAACCAGCAUAGGAUUGAUAGGGGAGACGGUUGGAGGGCAUUUCCUUUUCUAUGUGACCAAGGCAGGGGCUUUACCCACUAAGAAGCAAUCCUUUGGCCCUGAGAAUUUGGGAGAGAACAGUACAUCAGGCCAGGCUCAGCAAUAUGUUUGCUCACAUUCUUUCAGCCUUCUCUCACCCCCCUCAACACCAGACUUUCUUCCUUGUGAGCGGAAGGUUGGCUGCUGUUAGCAGGAUCCCACAGGUGAUAACCAGGCCCUUCCCUUCCUAGGCCAAAACCCAUUGUGACUGCCUGUCUCUCCUGUCUCUGACUUCUCAGGCAGCCUCCUGAGUGCACUGAGUUGUAUCCGAGAGGGUGGGAAUAGCAGCAUCCCCUAAUUGCAGUACACGGUUCCUUUUCCGCCCGCCACCCUGCCUUCUCUUGGGGGCAGCGGUCUCUCUGUACAUGAGCAAAUGGGAAAAAACAGUCCCCAAACCCAGCACCCCCCUCUCCCUGGCUGCAGCCCACACUGUAACAUCCCUAGUGAGGCUUCAGCCUAAUGAGCCCCUUAUUUUCUUCUUCUUCCCUCCCCAGGUCCCGUAGCUCUAACUAAAAAGUUCUUGGAGCCAUCGUGCUCCCCCUUUGUUAUUUUUCUUGCUAUCAGAGCAGCAAGAAACAGCACCCCUGUAGGUGACAGGUGGGCAGCCUGGUAGGGGUCGCCAGCCUCCAUGCCCCCUCAUCUUCCAGUUCUUGCUUAGUGGCACGACCUCUUUCCGUAGCAUAAAUGCAGGCCACCGUUUUAGCCCCAAGUGCCUGCCCCUGCUUCUUAUCCCUCCCCUGCUUUCUCAAACACCUGCCCACCUCAGGCACUCAGCGGGCUCCGCCGUGGUGAGAGAACUGGCCGUGGCUCAGCCCCGGGUAGCACCUGUAGUCUCAGUGCCACUCUCCACUGUCCCCUUGUGGAUUGGCUUCCACUCACUGUCACGUCCCCACUCCUGCGUCUUCACUGGGUCUCAGGCUGCCAGCAGCUCUCUGGUGCAUCAUCUCAACACCACCAAGUUUGUAGGACCUGCCCCAGUUCUAGUAGUAUUCAAACCUUAAAACGGCAGUCAUUCGUUCUCCUCGGCUCUGUGGCAAGGAUAGCCCUUUGGAGGGGGACUCUUGACCUCGGCUGUUAGGGAUCUGAACUCAGUUUUCCCAUCAGAAGAAUCAGCAGGACAGAUCGUAGUGCCUUAUUCCACUGUCCUCCCCUGGCCAGGCCUCCUGGCUCAGCUGGAAGUGCAUGGCUUCUUUCUCCCUAUCUGUGUCCUCUGUCACUUGCUCUUUCACUGUCUUUCUCAUUCCCAGAGAGCCACGGGGGAGGGAUCACUCUCUCACCCCCCACACCCUCUUCCUGAGGGCUGUAGCCAGGUCCACAUCUCCCCACCACCACCAGGGCACUCACUCGCAGCUAUAGCCCAGGACAGAAAAACUGUGCUUUGGACAGGUGCACACUCUCUGCCUCUUACCUCUAGCCAGGAGGAUGCCUCAGUCUGUUCAUUCGAGACUGGCCCUGUCUGAACCCUCUCUGGGCGCUGGGGACUAAGGUUGCAGGCCUUAGCCUUGUCUCAUCCCAGAGGCAUUGGGUCAGGAGAAUGGGAAUUUUUUUCCUCCCACCUGGACAUAGUUUGCCCCUGUGGCUGCCUUUCUGAGGGAGUAUAUUAAAUGUUUACUUAAGAAACACCCUGUUUACAGCCAGAGGAGAAAUACCCAACACUGGGUGGAGAUUUGACUCGGGACAGGGCCUGGCCUCCUUAGUGGCACUGCCAGGGGGGCCCCAGAGCGAAUGAGGGCAGAGAUGCCCGGGGCAGGGGCAAACACCCUCUGCUCCCUCUGCUCCUGACCCUGUGGUGCUAGGACCACUCCCCGCCUUCCUUACGGCCUCCUCGCCCUGCACAUUCCCCACCUCCACAUUCCCUUCCUCCAAGAUCUCAGCUCCUUAACAUAUCAGUUGUCUCUUAGCCUAGAAAACCAGUGUUUGGAGCAAUAAGAUGAUUAUUUUUGCUUGAAUCUUUUUCUAAGAGAAGGAAAAGAGCUGGCAUUGUGGGAAUUUUCUUUUUAUGCUGUUAGCUGUUUACCUUCUUAGAAGACAUCUUAAUAGGAUGGAUGUCUGGGUUUUAGCCUUGGGGUAUCUUUUGGAAACUUAGAAAAGCAGGAGUCAGGCUGCCACCCCCUAAGGAGGGACCCUAACGUUCUGCCCUUGCGUGGUUCCAUGUGGCUCCUUCCAGUCCUGCCCACCAAGUGCAGCUCCCACUCUCCAUCCUGCCCAUACGCCCCUCUUCCCCCCACAUCUGGGGGCGCUGGUGGCACUUACUCUAGGUGGGUCUCAGACUAUCCCUCCCCUUGGCUGGUUUUCCCUCCUAGGCCUGUCUAGCAGCCCCCAGACAGACGUAGCUCCUGGGAGUCUCGGCCCUGGCAACCUUGGAAGAGCCAAGCUGACAUUUUUUAGCUCUUUAGGCCACUGGGUUUUGGAGGCAGAAGUCCAGAGAUAUUGGCUCUGCCAAGCUGUCAUACUGGGCUGUGGCACAGCCUUCGAGACAACACAGGUAUAUCUCUGGUCCUGCCCUACCCUAGGCUUCGAGGGGCUUCUGUCUGGAGAAAUGCCUUCAAAGGGUAACCAGUAGGUGUGGCAUUGAAUUGGCCAGUGUUAGCAUCUACAGCCAUCACCAAGAGAUGAGUCCGCUGCCGUUGUCUGCCCGAGGGCCCCCUAAGGUUAUAGACGGUAUCAGCAGGGAGGCCGUCCCGGUGGUUUUCUAGGAGAGCCCACAGGAGGAAGGGAGCCUCUUCAGGGGUACUGGAAUCUUUUGUGCCAGGGGCUUCUUUUCAUCAGAGCCGGGGAGUACAUUUCACUGACUUCUUAAACAUUUGUGUGGGACAGACGAGCGUGAGGGAGAUUUUAAGCUAGGCACAAAGUUAGUUUCCAAUACUAGUUAAUAAAUCUAUUUUUCUUCAUUUCCUUUUUUUGCACAGAAGCUGGUAAUCUAGGACCUACGUGUGAACAACUUUAUAUGAAUAUUUUUUGUACUUGGUUUACUUGGGUUGGUAUGAUACAUUAUAUUUAAGUUCUUUGAACACUGUGGAUCCCCUAAUGUGUAUGAAUGACUGAGGCUUUGUAAAUUAAGGGACGUUUGUGUGAAUAAAGUUAUUUGAUGGGGUCAAAGAAGCCAUAUGUGAUUUGAAAAA